GUUCUCGUCUUCCUCCAAUUUAUUCAUGUUGUCUAUCGUCGAUGCACUCAGUCGCUGGGUCCUUGGCUCUGAACAACAGGAUUUCCUUAGAACCUGCAAUACGGGAUUAAAACGUAUCCCCCAUCCUAUAUUCUUGGAAGCCCUUUCUCGCUCGCUCCAAAGAGGAUACAGACCUACACCUGAACAUCCAUAUCGAAACUUCGAGGACGGCUCAGACUCAGACUCAGACACUCCAUUCUCUUCUCUCCCCGGCGGUCUAGACAAUGAAGUCAUCCCACUCACUUCCUCACGUCCUGGGAUCCCAUACGAACUCGUCGUCAUCAUAUUCCGCUACGCAGGAUUCCACAGGCCUCGCUCUGAGGACUUGAUUCCGUUUCAGGAAAAGAGCCAUGAUGUACGGUCAGAAGGGUCGUGUGCUAUGGUUGAUAUCGCGGUGUCGAAGCCGUUAACAAGCGUCGAUCUGAAGACCUUAUGCGCAUUGAGAAUCAUAACAAACUCGACGCACCAAGGCUACGUCAGCUUACCAGACCAGGGCUCUUGGUCCUGGUUCGGCCUCGUUAUCGCCAGUCCCCCAUCGUCCUCUCGGCCUGCAUCUCCCCUGAGUCCAUGCAGCGACUCUUUCCCCACGAACUCAUCACCCACACCCACACCCACCUCAUCUACAAACCCACCCGCUUCCAAUAUCUCAGACCUCCCUACUCGCACCUCCGUACGCGAUGUUAUCAUCAACGAUCACAAACUCUUAUACGACGCCAAACUAUCCAUUCGCGCCCACACCCACCCCGUCAAUGCUGGCCGUACGCCCACACUCCACACCUCCGGCAACAACUUCAGUCUCGUGCACUUUUACGACUCGACGUCUAGCGUUACGGCAGAAGGCCGUAGCAUGUGUACUGUAGCUGAGGUAGCGAGGCCCGGAGAUGUAUUGGCCGUCAGGGCAUAUGCACAGUAUCCUGGAUGGGAGAAUAAGGUAAGGGGCGUUGGGAUCAAGGCCUGGGUUUGGUACGAGCCGAUAUUUUGAACGUGGUAUAUUCUGGUAUAUUCGGCACGAAGAGGAGAUUUGGCUGGUGGAUGGUUUCGGAACUUUUGUCAGAUUAGGCUGGAUGCGAAUGCAGUCGAAAGCAAGCUCGAUUGUAGGAUAAGUUACAUUGUUCAGUCUAGAUAAGAACU